AGCUGCAAAGCAAAUCAAUCUAGGGCUGAGUUCUCUUGGAGGUGUAGGGAGGCUCACAUCUUUCUGUGUUGGAGAUCUUUCUCUCACUCGUUUUUACUCCCACCAUCAAAGCUUCAAUGGCGCCACCUCCUGGUCCUUACUCCGGCACAAGCACGCUCGCUCUGGUGGCUCGUGCUUCAGCCUUUACCUUUGGCGUCGUCUAUGGAAGCCUGAAGCUCAAGUAUCUUAAGGCAAAGGCAAAAUCUCAUAGUAAGGCAGAGGCCAAGGCUAAGGCUCAUCAUUGAAGUAGAGAUGAUCCCAUUGUUGAUCUAUGGUCCAAAUGAUGCAUUAAGCUAGCGACUUUUAGUAUUGUUUUCUUCAUGUAAAGCAUCAGUGAACCAUUGUGCUUCAUUUAUAGCUCUGCAAUUUUGUUAGUGAGCCUUUUUGCCAAAACAUUGUUAUGGCAAUUUUAUAUUUUAUUGCCUGUUAACAGAAGAUAAAAUAGUCAAGGGAAGCCUUCAAUCAUCCCUCAUUUGGAAACAAUAAUUUUCUAUCAUGUGGGGAAGCGUCCAUUUGAAUUAUGUUUUAUUUUCUCAA